AUGUGUAGACCUGUGAUUGGACUUGAUGGUUGCCACAUAAAAGGCCCUUACCCUGGUCAACUUUUAUCAGCAGUGGCAGUUGAUUCCAACAAUGAUCUGGAAAUAGAUAAACAGUAUCACUACACUUUCAUCUCUGAUCAACAAAAGCACAUGUAUCGAAAUUUCAAGAAGAAACAUCCCGGAAAGGCACUUAAAGGGAUGCUACAGUCAACAGUUAGGAGCAGCACAAUUGAGAUGUAUAAGAAAGCUGCUGAGGACUUGAAAGAGUAUGAUAGUGAAGCAUACAAGUGGAUGGAGAAGGCUCCUCAUCCGAUGCAUUGGUGUAAGGCUUACUUUUCUCCUCACACUAAAUGUGACAUGAUUGUCAAUAAUCUAUGCGAGUCUUUCAAUUCACAUAUACUAGAGGCCAGAGAUAAACCAAUUAUAUCUUUAUUGCAGAAGGCUAGAGAACUGAUGAUGGAAAGAAUUCAAAAAAGAAAGGCUGCCAUGACUAGAUAUCCACACUCAACUGGUCCUUUGAUUAGAAAAAUUAUUGAGGACAGAAUUGAAGAGUCUUUCCAGUGGUUCCCACAAUUCAACGGGAUUGAUGGUUAUCAAGUAAAGUGCCCAAGGAAUUCCCAGUUUGCUGUGAAUUUGAAAAAGAAGAGUUGCACUUGUCGAAUUUGGGAAUUAUCUGGUUUACCUUGUACCCAUGCCAUUGCAGCAAUUAAGCAAACUGAGAAUGAUCCACAUGAAAUGAUUGCGGAAUGUCACUACAAAAGGUUAUUUUUACAGGUUUAUAAUAAUGUCUUGCAACCCAUCAGUAGCCAACUACUGUGA